UGUGCAAUAAUUUUUCACUAAAUUUUAAAAAACCCUUGUCUAUAUCUAUUAUAACGUGCAACAUACAUGUGUAGAUUAUAAUUGCAUAACAUAAACCACCUAAACACAAUCCUUCUAAGCAUCUAAACACAAUCCUUCUAGCUAUUUUCAUAAAACUUUUUUUCUUAUUUUCUUUCUCCCAAUGUACACGAGGAGUUGAUUUCUUCAAGUUCGUACAAUGAAGUACAGAUUGUAUGUUUCAUCUCUAAAGCUGAACAAUGGUGACAACGCAAAGUUCCUCUGUGUACCGCUCAUCACGAAACUCAUGGGGUUGUAUUGAUGACUCAUUCCUUUCCUCAACCUAAAGCUUGCUGCCUGUUUAAACUUCUCACCAGUUGCAUCCGAAUCACAUUUGAGCUUCAGUUUCAUUCCGGCCUUUAGGUUUUAUCGCUGUAAACAAAACAACCUUUUUCCUCUCUAGCCUUAAAGAAACGCUCCCUAACUUCUAUUGAAUACUCUUUUACAAUUUUCUUAUGUUUGAGAUUUUAGAAAAGGACAAUUACUAUCAAUUUUUUUUUACAAUUAUAUUUUUUUUAGAAAAGGAAAUAAGUAUAAAUUAACUAUUUGAUAAAUCUUUUUUUUUUGAAAAAGUAGAGAAAAUACUAUUAAAUAAUCUUUUACAUUUAUCUUUUCUUCAGGAUUUUAUAAACAGAAAAUUAGUAUUAAAUAAAUUAGUUUACAGAUCUUUUUGUCUUUAGGAUUUGAAAAAAGACAUUUUGUAGAAAAAAUUACUAUUAAAUAAUUUUUUAAUUACUAUUAAUUAAGGAAAUAUGACAUUUUUUUACCUGAUCAUAUAUUAUAUAUAUAUAUAUAUAUAUAUAUAUAUAUAUAUAUAUAUAUGUGUAUAUCGUGAGAAGAAAUUAAGAAAACAGAAAACCUAAAAGAUGGACCCAAAAGAGAAGAGACAAAAGCUUAGCACACCAGAACUCGAAAGCCAAUCUCUCUCAAAGAAGGAUGUGACAAUCACAAGUGCCUCUUUAAACUCAGAGGUUGAUGUGGGAGAAGCGAUGAAGAAGCAAAACGACGUCGCUAUGUUCCUUGCAGAGAAAGUAAUCUCUGCCCUAGCCAGAAACUCUAACUUCGUCUUCUCUCCUGCAUCAAUCAGCGCCGUUCUAACCAUGGUGGCCGUUACCUCCGAAACAGAAACACUCAGAUCAUUCAUCUUCUCCAUCCUUAGCUCAUCCUCUAUCGAUGAGCUCAACGCUGUCUUCCAUGAAGUAACAAACACCGUCCUCGUCGAUGGAAGUGGGAACGGUGGCCCUAAGAUCUCGGCUGUUAAUGGAGUGUGGAUGGAGCAGUCCCUAUCUGUUAGCCCCUCGAAGAAAGAUGUCUUUCAGAAUUUCUUCAAAGCUGCUUUUGCUCAAGUUGAUUUUAGAUUCAAGAGUGAACAAGUGCGUAUGGAGGUGAAUGAGUGGGCUUCACGUCACACCAAUGCUCUCAUCCAAAGCAUGCUUCCUCCUACUUCUGUUAGAAGUGACACCGACUGGAUUUAUGGAAACGCAAUCUACUUCAAAGGAGCCUGGAAAAACAAAUUCCCCAAGUCUGAGACAAGUGAGGAAGAGUUUUACCAUCUCGAUGGCACAUCAGUCUCUGUGCCGUUCAUGACCACAACCUUUAGGAUGCAAUACGUAAGGGAAUACGAUGAUUUCAAGGUUCUUAAACUCUCGUUUCAACAAGGCCGUGAUACCAACCGCCUAUUCUCAAUGUAUUUCUAUCUCCCGGACGAGAAGGAUGGACUAGAGAAUCUGGUGAAGAGAAUGGCAUCUACUCCUGGAUUCUUGGAUAGUCACAUUCCCAGUGAAAAAGUUCGUGUUGGUGAAUUCAGAAUCCCAAAGUUUAAGAUCGAAUUCGGUUUUGAGGCUUCCAAGGCUUUCAAUGAAUUGGAGCUGGAAUCGGUUGAACUGCACCAUAAAGCUUUGGUCGAGAUCGAUGAAGAUGGUGCAGAAGCUGCGGCUGUUACUAUUAAAGGAGGCCGCAGAGGUAGCAAAGGCUACAGCAGUGUGAGGUUGAUAGAUUUUGUGGCUGAUCAUCCGUUUCUUUUUUUGAUCAAAGAAGACAUAACUAGAACCAUUAUGUUCGUUGGUCAAAUCUUUGAUCCUACCGAAACUUCUUCCGCUUAAGACCGGAUUGCAGUUUGCUUUUGCUUUUGUUUUAGAUUUUGUUUUAAUGA